GAACAGCCGCGCUCCGGAGGCACGAUAGCGUUGUGCAGCCCCGCAGGGCCCAGGCUGCAGGCCCCGCUGUCUCAGCCCCUUCCCCACACUCGCCUGGCACCGAGGGAAGGGGCUGGGGAGCCCUGGCUCGCACCGUGGGCGGUGUGUAGGCACCGGGCUGCGGCUUCUGCUGAAAAACCUCCAUUGUGCUCGUGUCCCGUUCGGUUUGCUUCUAACGGGGCUUUGAAAGGGUGUUUCUGAGCGUGUUCAGACUGGACAUAAGGGUGUUUCUGUUUGCAUUGUUCACCUGACAAUAGACUCCUGUGUCUUGCGCGGCCUCACAAGACAGAGCUGUACGAGGAGCCCCCGUCGGGAUGCUGGCCCAUCGUGUAUUCCCCAGACUACAACAUCACCUUCAUGGGACUUGAGAAGCUGCACCCCUUUGAUGCGGGGAAAUGGGGGAAAGUCAUCAAUUUCCUGAAAGAAGAAAAACUAAUUGCAGAUGACUUGAUUGUGCAGGCACGGGAGGCGACUGAUGAAGAUCUCUUGGUUGUUCACACCAGGCGUUACCUUAAUAAAUUAAAGUGGUCAUUUGUUGUGGCUACAAUCACAGAAAUUCCACCAGUUGCCUUUCUUCCCAAUUUUGUUGUUCAGAGAAAAGUUCUGAAGCCUCUACGAACCCAGACAGGAGGAACAAUAAUGGCAGGAAAGCUUGCUGUGGAUAGAGGCUGGGCCAUCAACGUGGGGGGUGGUUUCCAUCACUGCUCCAGUGACAAAGGGGGAGGAUUUUGUGCAUAUGCUGACAUCACGCUGGCCAUCAAGUUCUUAUUUGAGAGAGUACAAGGAGUGUCUAGAGCCACAAUUAUUGAUCUGGAUGCCCAUCAGGGAAAUGGCCAUGAGAGGGACUUUAUGGAUGAUCCUCGGGUUUAUAUUAUGGAUGCAUACAAUAGAUAUAUUUACCCAGGGGAUGGUUUUGCUAAACGCGCCAUAAAGCGCAGGGUGGAGCUGGAGUGGGGCACAGAGGACGCCGAGUACCUGCAGAAGGUGCACACGCACGUGGAAGGAGCCCUGAACGAGUUCCAGCCCGACAUCGUUGUGUACAACGCUGGCACUGACAUCCUGGAUGGGGAUCCCCUGGGAGGCCUGGCCAUCUCCCCCCAGGGCAUUGUGAAGAGGGACGAGGUGGUGUUCAGGGCUGCCCGGAGCCGCGGGAUCCCCGUGCUGAUGGUGACAUCCGGGGGGUACCAGAAGAGGACGGCGCGCGUCAUCGCCGACUCCAUCCUCAACCUGCACGGCCUGGGGCUGCUGGGCACGGGGAGGGCAGCCUCUGCCCUGGGGUGUGCCAGCCUGGAGCACCUGCUCAGAGACUCUGCGAAGGACUUGAGCAACCUGGCGCUGCAGUGACGGGGCCCUGAGCGCUUGUCACCUAACCCAGAGGCAAUACAGAGUAACUCCGGCUAACUCCUGAGCUGAUCCUGAACGUUCUUAUAAGCUAAUUGACUUAUGCACUAAGGGUACUGUCUUUGUGUCUAAUGUUGCUGUAGAAAGCUUAAUUUGCUUCUCUGAUCGGUAUAGGGGGUCUGUUAUGUUGGAAGAACUAUGCAGUUGGCAUCCAAAGACUGUCCCAGACCUGUUUCAAAUGCUGCAGCAUGGUCUGAGAGGUGGGAGAAAUAUGGACUAAAGAUACUGUUUUCUGGGGGUUUUUAAAUACUGCAUUUUAUUUAUUGCUUUUUAAAUUGAAAUACUGUUAUAAAACGAGCUCUGUGCAGAUUUUAACUGUCAGUUGAACACUAAAGGGAAGUGCAAUACUGUAAAAGCCAGGGCAGUUUGUUUAUGGCUUUGAAGCCACAGACAGUUAGAAGGAAUGUAAAUUCAUAGUUUAUUCCUGUUGUUGAUAGUGACAUCUUGCUCAUAAACACCUUGUGAAAUAGAAUAUGAAACACCUUUGGCUGCAUAUGCAAAUGGGCCAUAAGGGCUCACCGUUACCAGUCUGGUGUUCCAAAGGAGCUCUGCAUGUGACAGGCAAUAGUUCCUGAGCACUCUAACUCACAGAUGGAGAAACUGCAGUCCAGUGAAAGCUGAUCUUACAGCUCUCAGCAACCCUGCAGAAAAAAAAAGCUAUGUAGAAAUAUAGGCUGUCUUAUUAUUGCCGACUUGCCAUGUAUAAAACUGUGAGGAGUGCAUUUAAAUCAUUUUUCCCCAGCUAGUGCUGUGUUUUUCACUUGCUCAGAGAGUAAUGGUACUUCUAGCUGCAGUCAUAGUUGGUAAGAAAAUCCUCCCUUGUUCUUGUUCAUCGAGGAAUGCAGUGACAUUUCUACAUUAAGAUAAUGUGCUAACUUUAUAUGGAGCUUUUAGGAAGAUUUGGGAACAAAAUAAUAUAUUCAAAGCAAAUUCAGUUGCACUUCCUUGGAAGUUUGGCUUCGUUCAAGUUGGUAUAUUUUGCAUUAGGUACUGUUUGUAGCAGUGGGUUGUAAAUGUACUAAACUGUAUAUUUUGCAAGAGCUUUUAUAACUUUCACUGAUUUGUACUACAAGUUUUACGUUUUGUUUUUUUUUCCUUGUAGUAGAGUUGUUGUGUAAGCUAUUUAAGGAAUGUUUAAUUGUAAUUAUAAUACUUACCUCAUUUAGUGUUCAUGUGUAGAUCAUGGGGCUUGUCAGUUGUAGGAAUUGCACAACUGCUAUAAAUACCUGCUUUAAGCCAGACCUGACCUAUUGCACUAAGCUUGAGUUGCUACACUGGGAUUAAAGAGCACUUUUAAAUUUCUUACUAGAAGGACCAUCGGAAGGACUAAUGUUGAGAUUUAUUUUUUCUAUACUGUCUGACAUUACUGAAAGAUGUUGUUGUUCUUUCAUAUAAUUUUUAUAAAACUCUAGAUUACGUUUCUAUGAACUAAACCCCCAUCAUAGCACCAUAUGGUCUUUCCCCAAACAUUUGCUGUUUGUGUUAACAUGUUUCUAUAAUUUUCCCUCAGUGGAGAUUAAAGCGAUGUUGAA